UUCAAGAGAAUAUUUGUUAAAAAUCUCGAUUCGAAUUGGAAGAAAAAUCGUAUAUAAGGUAUAUAAACACCAUGAAUCAAAAUGGAUUUUUCGUGAUCGAUUCUUCAUCGUUAGAGAGCGUAGAAUUUGUAAUUUCGAGGAUGAGAAUUCAAAUGGAUGCACGGUGUUAAGUAUCUCGAACGAACAAUGGAUCGUAAAGUGGAAGGGUGGCAAUUUGAACGUUGAUUCCUCCAAUGAUAAAUGGAACGUGAUAAAUGGGAGGGAUGGACGACGUAAUGUCGCGUUUCUUCGAUUACAAGCAUAUGAAGGGGAGAAGGGUUUAUAAGGGAAGGAUGUUAUCGAAGGGAAAAAGGAAGACGAUGAAGCGCAAGGAACAAGAACGUAAGAAACAAGGGAGAUACAUCCAAUCGAAACAAGUGGAAGCCUGUUGUGGAGUUUCCAUGGACGUGAAAACGUCCUGGGCGGCGCGAGAAUUGACGUCCACCUAUUCCAAUCUGAAUAAUAUGGCCCGCUUCCAACAGAAGCAACUGCAGGAGAAGGAGCAGAAGUUGCUGCAGCUUUACGACCAGCAACAGCAACGAGCUUAUCAGGUGGUGCAACGAGGCAACGCGAGUUCGAAUCACGCCACCAUCACCCAGCACACCGUCACAAAGACCUCGAGCAGCAGCAGCAGCCAUGCAACCUCGACCUCGCAAGGUGGAAAGGUGAGGCAGAUGUUCGACGAGAGACGACAAACGACCGUGAAGGGGAUCGACAGAAGUUAUCCGUUGGAGCCGCUGGAGAACAAACCGCGGAAACAGGCUAACGGAAACGGCGUUCAGAAGAACGGAAAUUUGACGGUGAGCCGGCAAUCCGUGACUGUAAAGCGGGUUGCGAGGGCUGACGUGAACAGCAAUUUGAACGGUGGCAAACCGGUCGUCUCGUAUCACGAGGAAAUCGCUCGAGAAACGUUCGGCCCAUCUGCACGCCAGGACGACGAUGAGUUUGAGAUCGAGAACCACGUCGCCCAAUAUUCGAAUGGCAACCACAGGGACGAGACGCGCAUCGAGGAGGUUGUGGACCAAGAUACGAUAGAGAGGAAUCGUAUGAUGGCGAAACUUCAUCUGAUGGAAUACGACGAGACCCUGAAGCAUCGUGUUAAAAACGAUCUCGAGAGCGAAGAAUUCCCGGAGGAUUUCAUGGUGGAUGUUCCUGACAAGCUUCCAAAACAAAGUGUUACCAAGAAGUUAUCUCAAGCGGAGGCAAGGUUGAAACGUUUUAAAAACGCCAACGCGAAACGUGGUAACAACGUUACGAAGAGCCAAACUAUCGCCCUGAAGAAACGAACUGACCCGAUAUUUCCGGCAAAAUUUAGCCCCAGAGAGUGUCGAGUGGUCAAGGAUGGAAGAGCAAGAAAGGUUUCGGAUGGAAGAUGGAACGAGGAAAGGAAAAAUGUUGGAAUGGCGGUGCCCUCGAAUUCUGAGAGGCGUCCACGAUCGUCUCGCGAGGAAUCUGAAAAGUCUCGCGCGAUAGAUUCGAAUACUGGGACGUCGUUGAAAGAGAAAAAUUCGGAAAAUUCGAAAUUCUUUCGCGAGGAGAUGUCUGCCACCGCGAGGGGAUCAUCUUCCGAAUCUUUUGAGAAUCGAGUACGCAGAGGCGAAGGUUCAAACUUGUUCGAUAAAGAAUUUGAAAGCUCGAAAACUGCGAGAAAAUUAUCGCCUGAAUUGUCGAAGAGUCCCAAAUUCUUUAACGAGGAAUCCGAAAACUCUUGUUCAAUCGAUUCGAAAACCGCGAGAAAAUUAUCCCUGUCUCGAUCUUCGAGAGAUGAGAAUCUGAUGAGAUUCGAAAGAUUCGAUUCGAGAACUGCGAGCAGAGCAGAAAGAAACGAAACUCCGACUAAAUUCUAUUGCGAGGAAAAUGAGAAAUCGGUCACCACUUACGCAAUAGACUCGAAGAGUCGUCCCUCAGGUUCGCCAGAUUAUAUGAGAAACACGGAAAGUUUCGUGUUGAAAAUAGAACCGAAAAGUAGAAAGGGCGUAAUUGACAGUGCGACGAAGAAAUCUACGAAUCUCAGAAAAUCUUCCUCGCCAGAAUAUUCGAAAUCCGUCAAAGCUGAAUCGCCCGACGUUUUAACGAGAGAGAAAGGUGGUGGCUCGAGUCCUCGAUUGUUCAAUCGCGAGAGAAGAAAAUCGGCUAGCUUCGAACACUCUCGUUCCACCUGCAAAUCUCCAAACCUCACCGAGAUGGAUAUGAAUAGUAGUGAAAAUCGUGGAAGAGAAUCGGUAGAUUUCACAAGAAAGAGAUCCAACACCAGUCCACAAUUUUUCAGUUCGGACAGAUCCGCCACGAUCAUGAUAGUUACUCCAGAAACGAUUACGAAAACUGAGAUUGCAGAUCGCUCGAAAAAGGAACGAAGUUUUUCCGAGAAAACUGCGUUAAAUAGGAAAGAGACAGAUUCGAAACACUUCGCACGAACUUCCGUGUCGCGAUAUUUGCCCGAGAAAACAUUGAGAAACGAGGAGGAAAUGAAGAAGCGUAAUUCGUCUCGCGGUUCCUCUCCAUUGUCAUCGAAGGGCAAGAGAACGCCCGAUCCGAAACCGCGAUUUCAUCACGAGAAAACUACGAAUAGAAUCGAUGGAGUGUCCAGCAGCCGUGACUCUUCCCCGAAAUCCCAAAGAACGGUUUCCAGAGAGGAAACGCCGGAAUUGUUUCGUUACGAAUCGGGAAAAUCGGCUACAACUGUGAAUCUCGAAAGAUCUUCCAAAGCUACGAUGGACGUAGACGUACGAUCGAAGGGAAAAUCGAUGGAACAACGAGAGACUAAGUCAAAAACCAUCGAUAGAGAGUCUGAGCACACGCUGCGCUCGACGAAACUGAUUCGUGACACGAUGAUGAAUCAAAAUCAAGUCGAUUACGUUUCGAUAAAGCGAGGAAAAGUUGACGAGAGAGUCGAAAUACAAACUGUGGAAUCGAGUCCAAAAAGUUGCACAUCCGUGGAGAUACAGGAAAUCACGAUGCCCGAUCGUGGAUACUUAAAGCAGUCUCGAGACGCUUGCUCGAAAUCUGGUAAGGAAAAAACACUGGCUGAUAGUGGGAAAUCGAGCAAGCUCUCAUCCAAGAAAAAGACCGUCCAUGAUACUUUGAAACAACGUGGAGCAAAGGUGAACAAAGGGAUAUGCGAGGGGAAGAAUAUUUUCAAGCCGAGAGAACAAACAACACCGAGUCCGAUUCAAGCUCGAAAGAGGAGAACGGAAAAAUAUAGUCGUUCGCCCAGCGACGAGUCGAUGGCUCGUAACGCGAAACGGAAAACGAGCGUGGUUCGAGCAACGAAUCGAAAGAACGAAGGUAAAACUUGCAGCAGCCAAGGCGAAAUUUUGAAAUCGAUGGAGCUGGUUCGUCGAGCCAUGAGAGGCUCGAGCUUUCUCGUCGAAACCGCGGUCGAAGAGGAACAAAUUGACUCGUCCACGAUCGAGGAAUCCGAUGGUGGCGUUUUUUCAACGAACAGCGCUUUGAAUUACGUGAGAACCGACUCGGUGGAAUCGGCCCUAAGACGUUUCGAUUCAAUCGGGACGGAGGCCGGCUCGACUCGAAGCGUGGAAUCGACGAGGAGACAAACGGAAUCGUACGAUGGAAUCCUCGAUCGAUCGGAUUUAAACCUGUCGAGGAGCCCCGUCGAAUCGUUCGUCGUAUCUUCCGCGAGAAAAACUUCGAGAGAGAGCCUCGAAUCCGGUUGCAGAGAGGGGGUGGAUUUCGCGGAGGAAAACGGGAGGAAAAAAUUGUGCAAGCGGAAACUGUUCCACGAAACCGAUCCGACGUUUGACGAGACGGAGAGAUCCAAUCUGGAAUGGUUGGUGGGGUCCAAUGGGAAGAAAACGCGGGAACAUUCGGUGAAGAUACGCCUCGAAUUCGACUCUAGCGACGAGACGUCGAGGGGAGCGACGACAGACAAAGGAGAAACGGGUGAAACGUCAACAGGUGCGGAUCGUUCACUGUCUGUGAGGCGGUUGAGAUCGAUCGAGGAUAUACGUAAGUCGAUCGAGGGCGAAAGCGAGCCGGUGAUCGAGUCGGGGCGAUCGGGGCGCGGGACGGGGCGGUCGGAGGCGGCCCGUCGAACAAAUAUCGAUGAUCGUGCUGGAAGUAGAGGAGAAAGGAUGUUUUUGCCCGGGCGGUCGGGGAACGUUGCCGCGAGGAACAAGGGUAUGGGGGAUACGAGCCGUUCGGCUGUAAAGUGUGCGAUGCGUUUCCCCAGGGUCGUGAAAAGUCCGAGCCCGGAAACGGUGAAGACGGCGGAAACGAGCAACCGUGCGAGGAGAAACGUACCACCGUCGCCGUCCAAGAGUCCGGACACGAUGCCAAGGCGUGCGUCCACCGAGUUGAAAGUUCAAGACACAAAAUCGACGAAACGGGGAACACCUAUGAAAGGCGCGGAGCCAAUUGGAAACAGGAAGGCGAUGACAACGACGACGACGACGACGACGUCGACGACAUCGGCGGCGAGCACGAGAAAAUCGACGGAUGUCGUCGAUGGCGCUAUUCUCGAAAAUGGUCUGCAUUUACGAGACCAAACUGCCGAAACGAAAUACGAUAACGACUCGCCCACGAUGAAGAAAAGCGACGCUUUUGUCAUCGACUUCGACGAGCAACCGCCGAAGGAAAACGAUGCGCCACUUCCGCGGAAACCGUUUUUGCGAAAACAAUCCACCGAAAAACAGAUUACACCCACGCAAUCACUUCGAACUCCUAUGUCAAUUUCGUCCACCUCUAGUGGCAUUUCCACGCAGAAUCAGACUUCUGUUUAUAGAAGUAAAAUGGCUUCGAGAGCAAAGACGCCAAUUUCUACAACAUCGUACAAAGGGUCGACAUCUAACAAAAACGGAGGAGCAGCAGCAGGAGGAGCAGCAGCUACCGAAACUUUAGUGCCUUGUAAAGCGUGUGGUCGUCGAUUCGCCCCAGAUCGGGUUGCUCUUCAUGAGCAAAUCUGCAUAAAAACAGGCCAAAAGAAGAGAAAGCAAUUCGAUACCAUGAUGUAUCGAGUAAAGGGUACUGAUAUUGAGCCAUUUGUUAAGAAAGGGCUCGUUAAAAAACAGAUGGAGAAAUCGAAGAAACCUGAAGUAAAGUCGAAUUGGCGGCGUAAACACGAGGAUUUCAUUAACGCCAUACGUUCGGCCAAGCAAGUGCAAGCACAUCUGGCCGCAGGAGGCAAGCUCAGCGAUUUGCCACCGCCGCCAGUUAGCGAUAACUACGAUUACAUUCAGUGUCCCCAUUGCGGAAGAAAAUUCAAUAAAGCGGCCGCCGACCGUCACAUUCCCAAAUGCGAGCACAUGUUACACAAUAAGCCGAUACAUUCGCGAGCACCGAAACCGAAACGUUAAUUUCUCUCAGAUUAAAUUAAACGCUUUUUUUUUUUUACAUCGAACUGGAACAAGAUAGAUUAUGCCUUUGUACAUUAAAGAGAAAAGAUUGAAAAAAAAAAAAAAAAAAAAAAAAAAAAAGAAUUAAAAAGGAGGAAUAUAUAAAAUUUUAUUGUAAUAAUAUAUUAUCAUUGUAUAUUGCGAAAAAAAAUUGUGCGAAAUUGUGACAAUUUUAAUAUAACAUUUUGUCUCUAUCUUGUUCGUGAUCGAUAUUAUUUUAUAUGAAUAUUUCGUUUCGAUUAUGAAAAAUUUUAUAUAAGAAUAUAUAUAAAUUAUAAAAGCUCGCAAAAAAGUAUAUUUUUUCGGAGACGUAUGAAAAAAUUAAUUUUUAUCUACUGUAUUGAAUCUAUAAGUUUUAUUACGUUUAUUUGCGACAAAUGUAUUUUCUGAUUAUACGAAAAUAAAAUAUAAAUUUUCCUUACAUUGUA